CAAACCUCUAUCUACAUCAACAGCGCAGUUGUAGAUUAACUUUAUUCUGAAACUUGAGCUGUGGGUGAAACCUAACCGGCAGCGCGACGCGGCGCCUGAUUGACAGCAGGUCCGGCAUUAUGCAAAUGCCGCUGGGGGUGCUGGCGCUGCAGAGGCGCGGGGAAGAUUAGGGCUGCGUUCGGGAUCAGUGAGCACACACGCUCUGCCUCUCUGCCGCUCGCACUUCAAAUUAAAAGCAACUAGUGUUUCGCCUGCCUGCUUGUGCUUUCGCUUUGGUCUAACGAGCCGACGCACGGGUUAAUCUUCCCUCGUGGUCCGUUCACAUCGGCGUUACCGCUAGUUUGCCAUCAGUAUGGGUCCGUCAGUUUUAUUUUAUUUUCUCUCUCUCCCGAUUCUGUCUGUUGGGUGCAGUUGAAGCAGCUCCAGACGUUUGACUGCGGGAGGAAAUGCCUAAAAAAGAUGCACGUCUGUGUUUGAGGCGAGAAGGUGGCUGUUUACAUCACACUUAAAGAUAAAAGGGAAAAAACCCUUAACCCUUUUUCUAAAAGCACACAGAUUUGAUACAGCUCUUAUUUUCCACAUUAACACAAAACCAAAUGUGCUUGCUUGGCUUACUAUCUAAUAUAGUCUAGGUCUUUAAGUAGGUCAGGCUGGGUUUAAGCAGCUUUCCUGAAUCUGCGUCAGCUUAAGCUGAAAGGAAUUUCAAUAAAACCCUCCCUGGUAGGCGUGGGCCUAAAUGAGGCUGGCCUAGUUAAGCCUGAUUUCUUUUUGUGUGUGUGUGUUGUGUGUUACAGAAGGGAGAGGGAGAGUUUGGCGUAUGUGUGUGUGUGUAUUUUGUGACAAAGGGAGAAGGAAAGAGGGGAAGAAAGGGAUACCAAGGCAGACUGGAGCAGAACAGCACAAGUCACACAGACCAACACGCAGCAUGAGCAAGAAUGGCUGCUGUAUUCAUGGCAACAAACAUGGUGGGAAAAGCCAGGUCCUCCAAUUUCACUCUGUCUGAGAAGCUGGAUUUGCUGAAGCUGGUGAAGCCCCACAUUAGGAUUCUGGAGGAGCACACCAACAAGCACGCGGUCAUCGUGGACAAAAACAAGUGCUGGGACAGCAUCGCCGAGCAGUACAACGCCCUGGGGGGCGACCGGCCGCCCCGCACCGCCCAGGGGCUCCGCACCCUCUACAAGCGGCUGAAGGAGAGUGCCAAGCAGGAGAUGGUGCAGCGCAAGCACGCCCAGCCCGAGUACCGCGGCAGCAUCUCCGAGCCCACCAAGAGAGUGAUGGAGAUGAUCCCUCACCUCUUCCAGCCCCUCCAGGACAAGGACCCCGGCGGCCUGCAGAGGGCGAUGUACAAGCACGGUUCCCCCAUUGAGCAGCCGGGCAGCAGCAGCUGUUCCUUGCCAGCUCUCUCCGACUACCAGCCAGCCUCCGUCACAGUGAAGCUGGACCACGAAGUCGACAUCAAGCCUCCUCCGGACCUGACCAUCCUCUCCACCAGGAUCGAGGGCGACCAGGAGGACGAGGACAUCGUGUCCGUCCGGGGGUUCGACGGCUCCAUUUCCUCUUGCCCUUCUUCCGUUAACCUGCCCAUGUCCCCCUCCCCCAUCCCCAUCCGAAGGGACAUCUACUCCAGGCCCGAGAGCCUGAGGCACCUGGCGGGGUAUGAGCAGGAGACGCUGCAGCUGUCCAAGGAGGAGCACGAGCUUGUCAUGGACAACCAGAGGAAGAUGGGCCUGUACAUGGAGGAGAAGCGAGAGGGACUGAAGAGGAAACAGCAGCUGGAGGAAGAGCUGCUCCGGGCGAAAAUCAAGGUGGAGAAGCUGAAGGCGGCAAGACUGAGGCACGGCCUCCCCAUCCCACAUGUGUGAGCCUUCCUCGUCUCCGGAUCGGCCUCGGGAAUUCACCUUUUGUUCGGGAACGCUGUCUGGAAGGAAGACGCCACGUGGCCCGCCGAACCCUUCUAGAAAUGAUUGUCCAAGGACAGUGGCUUAGAAGACUGUGAAAAUGGUUCCAUUAGUGUUAUAAGUACCGGACAGUCCAAAGAUCUGGAUUAGCAUCUCCGCCAUUUUGUGACUGAUCGCUGUCUAUACAUAUGGUUACUUUGGCCAAGCUACAGGCAUGGUGUAGUUCACAAAGGAUUUAGGCCAAAGUGUGUAUAUAUGCAGUAUAUAUGGCUAGUUAUAGUUGUUUUGGUUUCAUAACUAGGAGACUGAAUUAAACUAUUAGAAAAAGAUUUUGAUCUUAAGUUGCAUGUGCAAUGUGUUCCAGAAUAAAAAAGCUUCAGUCCUUAUUUUCUUAGCCUGGGCUAAUAAAAGAA